AGAGUCACGUUCUAAAUUCCCUUCCUUUCAUUUCCGUUUCAUAUUUUUCAAAUGAACAGAAAUCAACCGUAUAAAACAGAAUUAACCAUAUCAAUCCAGCUAAAAUAAUAAUUCUGUUGUAAAAUAUACAGGCUCCAAAAUUAUGCACUUUAUUAUCAAUAAUACGAAAUAAAAUGAAUUUAGACUUUGAGACGACCAGUUUUCCCUAUCGAUUCGGAACACCUCUUGGCCUACUUGCAUAGUUGAUUUAUUCACGCGUAGUCCGGUUGUAAGGUAAACAAACAAAGCUCACCUGUCUUGAGAAAUGUACACGACGGGAGCGGACGUGUAAAAUGCUGAGGAAUAUAAUUUGGAAAGAUGCACAUGGAUGAUAGAAAUGGGAUGUAUUCAGUCCAGGAUUUUUCCAGAUGUCUACAAAGAUAAGGACCAAACUCCUACCAAUAAUCCAAACAUCCUAAGAGGUGAUGUGUCACUGAAAUUUGAAGCCAAGGUCAAACGAGAGAAAUCCUUGCAUGAUAAAAUGGUCAACAAAACUUUUGCAGCAGAGGAAAUGUCUGGAAAAAUAAUGGAAGAAAAGGAGCGGUUAUCUCUGGGGACCAGAUCAAGGGCAACAUCGGGAACCAGUUCACCUGUUCCUAACAACAGUAUAAGAAAGCAAGUUCACUUCAAGACAGAUGUAAAUGGGGAUGGUCCAAAAUCAAAAAAAGGUGGCAAGGCAAAAAGCUCGAAGAACCAUAAUGGUAGUGAUGAAAAACAAAUUACUGUAACCAUAGCAGGAGUACACAGUAACCAAUCAAAUGACAAUACAAAACUUGAACAGCCAAUCCAAAUAGACAACUCCGAUGAUUCAAACAGUUCGCUGAGAAAGGAUAAUUUGACAACGAUUGAAGAGAGAACUAGUAGUAGAGCUAGUGGUCAUAGCAUAUCAGAAUCAAAAAGAGGAUAAAGUGACCUACAUUUAUGUCUUUAUAUUGUUCAUUCCACAGAUGAUAUUAUAUACAUGUAGCUGUUAACAUUUAGUCUAGUCCUCUGUUUUUAUUAUUAUAUAUAUGUAUUACAUGUACCCAAAUAGCCUGUGAUAUAUGAUAUGGAUAUUAUGCAAGUUGUCAGUAAGAUUUUCUUAUGUGUUACAACUCCUGUAAAGACAACAAAUACCCAGCUGGUACAACCAUAUUCAGAAGUUUGAGAAAAUAUAAGUAUGGGAGUUUAAAGUCACUAAUUGUUCACAGUGGGGUUUUACACUGGAAUAUGCCCAUUAUAGAAGAGUUUUUAAAUAUCUCCUCUGUCUCAAUGCUUGUAAUUGUGUCAAAUAGAUUGAAAAUUGUUUAAAUGGAAACCCUAAUGGCGCAGCAUGAGGUCAAAAUAAUGUCCUAUGUUGAUGAGAUUCCUUUUUCUGUAGCAGCAGGCUUCUUAUUUGAGAGUUUUGACCCAUGUACACACGUGGACCUCACACAUUUCCCAGCCCAGUUGCAUUUAUAGGAAUUUAUACUACCUAUAUAUCAAUCAAGGUCUUAAAUUUCCUUGUCAGCUCUGAUAGAAAAAAAAUGUUGUGUAUUGUUUGUUUGGUGUCUUGCAUCAUAAAACUGCAACAGGUAAUAUACAUGUAUACAAAAGAUGAUUUUUUUUUUCAGUAGUUUAUUUGAUACAGUCCUUAAUGGUUGUAGGUUUAUGUAUCUACUAUAAAUUCAGUGAUGUACCUCCUUUCACACUAUUAAAUGCCGGCAUAUGCAGAUUAUUUCCCGAGGAAUGUAUUUUGUGUUACAUUAUCGUUAGCUUUUUCAAUCAUUUGAUUUCGAAUUUGAUGAUCUUUCAAAACCUCGUGUUUCUAGGGAAUUCCUCACUUCUGGAUCGAGCUAAACUUUUUUUUUUGUGUGGGCAUAUUACAUUUAAAGUGAUCAUAUACCCCGUAAAUGAGACAAGAUUUGUUUCACUCUAAUGUACAGGCAAUUCAGUUUAAUUAAAAUUUUAGGUAUACAUUUAAACUUUUAUAAUGAUUUUGGUUAGAUUAAAUGCAUUGAUUGACGAGUAAGAUUAGGAAAUAUUAUUAAAAAACCAAUUUAUAAUAUAAACCUUCGAAAUUCUAGCCCAGCGAUUAAAUGUGAUGUGUGUAAUACGGACACAAAAGAUCUGCCUCAGUAUACAGCUGGAUUAUAGAUUCUAUUCAGAAUUUGAAUCGGUUGCAUCAGGUUUCAUUUGGUGAGAUAUUUAUCAAUAAAAUGUCGUUGAAUUAACACUCCAAAGCCCCCUCAGCAAAGAACAGUAAUAUACUUUUCAAAAGGUUACAAAUGUUUGCUCCAAAUGGGAAACCCUUAUAGUUGACAUUUUGAAUUCUCCCAAAAAGCAACAAAGAAGCAAACUAUAUGGGAUGAUUCUGUACUCAUUUGAUAUUGAUGAUGAUAUUGAUGAUGAAUAGUUAUUAAAAUGAGAUAAUAGAAAAACACAUUCUUGCCCAUUUACACCAUAUGCUGUUUUAGAAUGCGAUUGAAAUUUACUGUCAGGCAAUAUUGUGAAAAAAGGCUACAUGUACAGAAUACAAAACGCAUCUAUAACAAUUUUACAUGCAUUGCAUAGUUCACUAUUUAUUCUCAUAUCAGGGUUGGGUUGUAUUUUUUUAAAAUCAUGAAUGCACCUGUACACUGAUAGUCAAAAUAUUGAUACUUUUAUGAAUUAUGUGGUUUUUCAUUUUAGUAGUCAAAGCAUUGUUAUGUGGAUGGAAUCGGAUAUUAAGGUUUAUUAUUGAUAAACAUAUUAAAGCUCCAUGUCAGGACAUAUUAUAUCAGUUUGAAAACCUGAACAAGUUCAAGUAUGCGGUAUAAUUCUGUUGUGAAAUUUACAUAUGAUAAAAACGACCUCGUAAAUAACAUAUUAGUACAUGUUUUUGUGUUUAGAAAUAUGUUUGGUAAAUACAUGCAUAUUAAGGAAAAGUCUUCACGUCCCCACCAGGGCCCUCAUACUUGAUGCAUCGAAUACCUAAUACAAUAGUGGAUCAAUAAAUGAUAUACAUGUAGAUAAUGAGUAAUUAUCAGUAAUUUAGCACAACUUAUAUUACAUUUGUAUUUUCAAUUGCCUCACAGUGUAAAUCAAAUUUAAUCACAUGUAAAACAGAAUGUGUCCAUUAUUAGUAAGAAUCAUAUUAGAUAGGAAAAAACAUGGUUUCAGGAAUUAAUGUUAUAUUUAUGUGCAAUUUAUUGAUAUUGUAUGUUAAUUAUUCAUGCAUAUAAAUAAUUAAAUUUUUACAAAGUUACAA